GACGGGACGUUUAUUCGAGUGUUGACGCGGGCGGCAGUUGGUCAGCAGCGUGUUGGCGGUGUAAUUUCGAAAAAAAGCAAGUGCUGAGUUUGUUUUUGUUCCUUUGAUUUUUUUUUCGGAAAUCAAGUGGCAGUUAGGGAGAAAAACAUAGCAGGCACUGAGCAGUUCAAAAAGAGUGAAUAAAAAUAAGUGAUAAUGAUGGAUACUGCCAAUUAUCGACGCCUAAUUAGCCGCCGCCAGUCAUCAUCGUCGCCAUGGCGAUGGAGUUUGUUGCUGGUUGCUGUGAUCGGUCUUCAAAAACAAUCCCACGGGGCCUCCUUUGAUCUCGCUGGCGGCGACGAUGGGAAUGGUGGAUUGUUUGAGUACGAUUACAGCGUAGUUUACUAUGAUGACGAAAAUUUGACCGGGGAGAGUACGACGGAGGUGACAGAGACGCCGGUUACGGUCACUACCGAGCCGGUGGCGGCAGAACAGACGGAACAGGAGAAGGUUGAGACAGUGACGCCGACCGAGUCGGCGGCAGGUGCUGUGAACGAUUUCUACUGUCAGCAGGAUUUGUGCUUGCAGUAUGAUUUCACGGGGCAGUUGGUGGCCAAGAGGCACGUGGCCUGCGGUCACGAUGGAUCAUUUGCGGCGGAUUGUCCGACGGGGAGGACAUUGUUCAAAAUCGAUCCUCAGAUUAGAAUGUUUAUCAUUCAUUUGCACAACGAAGCGAGAAACCGGCUGGCCAACGGGUCUGUGAGCGGUUUCGAGAGUGCACUGAGGAUGCCUACUGUGGAAUGGGACGAUGAACUUGCAGAGUUGGCCGAAUUGAAUGCCAAAAGUUGUCAGUUUAAGCAUGAUGAAUGCAGAAAUACCAAUUUGUAUCGUCAAGCUGGUCAGAAUCUUGCUUUAGGGUAUUAUCCGGUUCCAACGGACAUAUUCGACAUUUUAGAAAAGCUGACGAACCUUUGGUUCAACGAAUUCAAGGAUGCCAAUCAGCAAGUGAUGGACGAAUACAAUAACCUGUCAAACGCCACGAUUGGACACUUCACGCAGAUGGUCAGCGAUCGGACCACCAAAAUCGGAUGCGGAAUCGUCAUCUAUCCGAAAAAGGUCUCCGGAUUCACGUUCAAGGUGGUGCUAUACGCAUGCAACUAUUCGAUAACGAGCAUUUUCGGUCAACCGGUGUACAGGAAGGGCCCCGCAGCGACCAGUUGCAGCACUGGAACCAAUCCGUACUACGAGAGCUUGUGUAGCGUGAAUGAGAACCAGCUGGUGAAAUCAGUGCCUUUUUAUGAUAUUUAAGAGUUUAGUUGUUAAGUUGUUUUGUUAUAUGUUAGAAUAAAACGCAUUUUACUCCCA